AUGGCAGCAUCUCUUGGCAUUCUGAAGAGCUUGCCCUGCCCCGCGGGCAAGAACUGUACUGCUUUUCAGUGCCUCUUCAAGCACGACGGAGAUGACGCAACUGCUCCAGUCUCGAGCACAGAAACCCCUGCGCUGGAGAAGAAUAUCACAGCCAUUGAGGAACGUGACAGCCCACGGAAGCGGCUGAAAUUGACACCUAACUCACCGGUCGCAAGUUCGACCACACCCGAGCAGUCAGGAUCAAGCUCUGUCGGGUCACAGGCCCUACCACGGGACAAGACGCAAGGCAAAGCAGAAGGCACGGCGGCCAAGGCGUCUACCAUGAAGCCUAUCUCCCCUCCCACAGUCCAGAGAAAGACUACUGCUUCGGGCAGAGCAGCGUCCAGACUUGAUGGUGCCUCACUGCCUGGAAAAGGAAAAGCCACUAGUUCUGCUUCAUCGCAGAAGUCACCCAACGUAGCUGCCGCCGACAAAACGCCAAAGAAGCCGGAGACGCUCAAUCCACGGCACCUGAAGAAGGCUCCUGCUAAACACGACAUGCGCUACCAGUUGGUGAAGCUGCUUCAUGCCCAAUAUGAGCGCCUCAACAAUGAGCUCAAGAAGGUAGCCCAUGAUGACGAGACCAAGCUGAUCAUGUCUGAGCAAGAACUUAUCGUUAAGGCUCUGGACGAUGAGCAGGAAGUUGCCAUCAAGAAACCAGCCAUAUAUGGCAACGUGUUGAAAAACCGACUUUCGACAUACAGGAAGUUAUCCGUCGACCAAUGGAAGAUGGAAAGAGCCGCAGCUGUAAAAGAAGCCUCAAGCGAAACAUCUCCAUCCCAGGAGGCGCAUAAGAUUAUUGAGACAGGAUUGAGCGUAGAGCAAGAAGUCGACUUCCUUCAUCGACUGUCCACUCCUCUUUCGGGCUUGGAGCGCUUUGGCUACAUUUCAACGAUACCCAAAGAUGAAGACGUUGAAAAGGCAAAGAAAGCAGUCGAAGCCUCGGGAAACAUCGAGGUCUGUGACAGAUGUGGGCGCAGAUUCACGGUGUUCCCUGGCCGGAGGGAAUCUGAUGGCGCAUUGACAUCUGGUGGAUCAUGUGUUCACCAUCCUGGCAAAAGCUACUUCACCUAUAAGGCUCCUGGUGAUCCGACACCAUCGUCCAAAAAAUGGCGAUGCUGUGACCAAACUAUGGGCGACACAGAAGGUUGUGUCACUGGGAAUAGUCACGUCUUUAAGACCACCGAUCCUAACCGACUCGCUACUGUCCUCAAUUUUGCGGAGACCCCUCUCAAUCCCGAUGUCCCAGAGGGUCGAGCUGUCGGCUUCGACUGCGAGAUGGGGUACACCGUCUACGGCAUGGAGCUAAUUCGCCUGACUGCGGUCUCUUGGCCUAGUGGCGAAGAGCUGCUCGACAUUCUUGUCUAUCCUGUAGGCGAGUAUAUUGAUCUCAACACCCGCUACUCCGGAGUGCGACCUGAGGACAUGGCUGAAGCGGAACGGUGGAAGCCUGGCGAUGACCCCCAUCCCACUCUUCUUCCAUCCGAGGAUGCCUCGCAGCCCCCUCGACGAAAGCUCAAGAUUGUUCCAUCGCCCAGAGAUGCGCGAGACCUCCUUUUCAGUCUCAUCUCUCCGGAUACGCCUCUUGUCGGCCAUGGUCUGGAGAAUGACCUCAACGCCAUGCGUAUCAUUCACCCAGUCAUUGUCGACACAAUCUUACUGUUCCCACAUAAGCGCGGCCUACCAGCUCGGAACAGUUUGAAGUGGCUGAUGGAAAGCCUGCUGGAUCGCAAGAUCCAGAUUGAAUCCGAUGACGAAAACCACAUCAAAGGUCAUGACAGCGCAGAGGAUGCCAGGGCAGCUGGUGAACUUGUGAGAUUGAAGGUCAGGGACGAGUGGAAGAACUUGCAAAUGAAGGGAUGGAACAUGGGCCCCGAUGGCUCACUCCAGCCUCCGGAUGAUUCGUGGACUGUGGUUGGUGGUAAGAAGACCAAGCGACUAGGUCAAUAG